AUGACUGCCUCGGUGGACCAGCGGCCCGCACUCAGCGCUGACACCCCAGGCGCGCGCUACCUGGUGGCAGCGCCGGCACGGACAGGCAGUCGACUGCCAGUCGCCCGCCACUCAGUGGGACCCCGAGGCGCGAAGAUACCCUCCGAGAUGCAGCACAUCCUGCUCGUCCUGCUGGCAGCGACGCCCCUGGCUCUCUGCAGGCCGCAGUUCUUCCAGCCGCUGCUGUUCCACGCCGCACCACCCAAGCCGGCCGUGAUGCCCCACCGCGCCGUCGUGCUCAACGCUGAGGCCGAGUCGCGCCUGCCCGCGCACAUGCAGAACCACUUCUACAAGGACCCGCGCAUCAGCGCUGCCCUCGCCAAGGAGAGCUGGUUCACGGCCGACGAGCAGCAGGUCAUCGACCGCGAGGCGGACAAGAUCCCGCGCUCCAAGAUCUUCUCCAUCAUCAGGAACGCCGGCCUGGACAAGCUGUGAUGCCGCGUCUUCGCCGGAGACUCCAGUGACCUCGAGCCGACACAUUCCGACUGCCCGGCGUGGUUCGAACUCUAGACAUCCCUUUCCACUGUGCGUGGUGGCAAAUUAUGUCUCACAUCAUUUUACAUUAAAAUGAAGAAGAGUGAGGUGUGGAGGUGCCAAACUCCGAUGCUAAAUUGUGGAAUACCGAAUACCAGAUUUUGAGUUAUGCUUCAUUACAAUAUUCUCCAUUCAAAGACUACAUGAAACAUGCAUGCAAUGUCUAAAUAUGUGAUAACUAAUCAUACAAAACAGAAGAAUAACUGGUUUAAGUGUCCUAUUUUCAUUCUGUUGAAAUAUAUGUAUAUCAAACAAGUCAGGAAAGUACACUAAAUCUUGGUAUUCGAUUUGCACAUUUUGAGCUCAUCUAAGUUACCAUUUUGUUUAUUCAGUGAGACAAGUGUGUUUACGAAUUUUCUUCUGACAUUAUGUAAACUCGCAGACAGGGUAAAGUAGAUCUAAAAUGGGGAAGUCUACUUCUGUAAAUUGCAAAAAUAAAUGUGAAUGUGCUCUGAAUGUAGAUAAUAGUCAAGGAUGGUAACGAUAUUUUGGCUUUGUGUUAUAAUAAAAAUAUUUAUUUGUCGUCAAUUUUUGAGGUUAUUGGUUCUGAGAAUCAUGUGGCAUGUGGCAUCCAUCUGAAUUCGUUCUUUGUGUCCUCGUUAACCUUCUUGUCCUUACAGUUUGUCUUCAUUUUUUUUUGUAGUGCUCUUUCACAUGUUAAAGCUUAAAAACAUUUCUUCUUCAUUUUUUCACAGUAAUGGCUGCGAGGCUACAGCAAUAAAUUAAUUUCGGUUAGGAUAUUUACAUAUGUAAUAAGAAAGUUCAUACGCAGUUCAGAAAAUUUUUAGGGAUCAUUGAAUUUUAUAUAAUUUAUCCUUGUUAUUCAUGUGAAUAACCACAAGCUAAAUGUUGUGAUUUCAAUAUCAAGAUAAUCUUACUUAAUUUAUUAUAAGUUUAUAUAGUGGUUGUCGAUUCGACCUUGGUAAAAAAUUAGUAAAUAUUACCUUUAUUCUUAUCCUUGUAACGUUUUAUGUGCCUACGGGUAGUGGAAAUUACUUAUGUAGGCUACAAACAACUAAAAUUUGUCUUCUUCCAUACAAUCAUGUUUCUCUGGAAUAUAUUGGUAAGACACUUUAUAAAUAAUUUUUUUCUUAAUUUACAUAAUUUUCAUAGCUGAAUUUUGUUAUUUACCUUGCGAUUGAACUAUCCACUUCUCUAUAUCCUUAGUGAUAUUUCCUUGUUCAGUUUUUACACAACACUUUUACCUUUCAGUAUUAAGUCCAUCUAAUUGGAAGCCUUUCAGUCCUUUCUUCAGGCAAACCACAAAUUUCCAUUAUCUAGAACAUACUUGAAUCUUAUUGAAAUUAAACAUUCAAAUAAACCUAAUUAAAUAAAUAAACGUAUGUGUGAUAUUCUUAAAAGAAGGAAAAAAAUUAUUCAAAAUAAGUGGGAUUUAACCUGCCAUAUUUUAAAAUUAAAACAGCAAAAAAAAAUUUCACAAUUAAGUAAGAAGUGCACCUAAUAUAAGUUUAGAUCAAAGUUAUUGGGAAAACACCCCAAACAUGAAUUGAAAUUAAUUCAUAGUUAGAAAUUAUUGGAGUUCAUUCAUCUACAGCAUUGCUGUGAGGGUUUGAAUUAAUGGAAUUUAAUUUGUGGCCUUCUAUUUUUUUUGGUGAAAGUGUAAUUAGUUUUUAAAUACUUAAUAAGAAUGAUAUAUUAUCGAUUUGAAUAUUUUUGCCUUCAAUUAUCUUCGCAAUAACAAUAAUUAAUGCAUAAGAAAAACCAGUAAAAUAAAUUUUGUCUCAAAUUAUUUUGUAAAUCACAGUACCUGAUCUCGUUUUAAUGUAGUGCAGUACAUUCAUGUAUACGUUUUAUAAGACAAUAUACAAUAAAUUUAUGUUGCAUAUACUUUAUUUUAACUACAGUAUUUAUAUUUUUCUCUUUUUACAGUACCUAUUUAAUAUCUUUACGACAAAUAUGCGCUUUAUUUUUUUUUUUCAUUUUUUAUAAAGCUGAUUGUUUGUAAAAUAAUUACAUAAUUUUAAAGUUUAAUAAUUAUUAUCAAAAGUUAUGUAAAAAAAAUUUAGGUGUAACUUUGAUAUAUAUUUUGACUCUUACAAAUUUUUCUCUUGGAAAACUAACACAGCUUUAUUUUCUGAAAUAUGUCAUAAUAAUAUCAACCAUUUACAACACAGUUACUAGUGCUAUUGAGGGUUAUAUAUUUCUAAAUACGUUUCACAUUUAACACUUAGAAAUUUUACUUACGUUUGAGUAAUGAACAAGCUGAAUUGUAGAGUUUAUGAAUUAAGCAUGGCAGUAUGGCCUUAUAUAUUUUUCAUGUUUCGUGAUUUCAUGUUUGUAAAGUUUUUGGUAUAUUUUAUUCAUUGACAAUGCAGAGAACGUUGAAUAAUUCGUUUACACACUUCACUACGCCUACACUUCGUCGCCUGAGAAUUGGAGUGUUCUAUGUCCAUUGAAGUCGGAACUGAGAUAUAAGCAUUUGAAAGUUCAAACAACUAUGAAUAUCAUGCCAUAGAACAAAAUAAUAUUGGUCUUAAAUUAAGAACAAACAUUUUUAUGUGCGUAGACGUGUGUGGAUAUAGUACAAAUGAAUACUAAUAUUAAUUUAGUGUCCAUAGCAUAAAAAACCUAAAAAGUGGACAUAGAACACUCCAAUACUCAGGCGGCGACUUGUAAAUACUUUACAAAAUUAUUCAACUCGGAUAAAAUUCAGUGUAUUAUACCACUAAAAUCUCCAUUUUUCAUAAAAAUCCAUGGUUUUUGAUUGUAAUCACAUAGAAGUUUACAAUAUUUUAUCAAUACAAACUCGUAUUUGUAUUGUAUUGGCAUAUACUCACUACACUAAGAUUAACACAUAGGGUAAUAGUUAUGUAUAGGAUAAUCGUUGUACUCACAACACAUGUGUGCUAAAACGUGCAUUUAUAAUGCACUAUAUGCUCGUGGUAAUUGUGCAUAUUUCUUUUGAAAGCGCAUAUAAUGACUGAGAAAAAUUUGUUAGUUUUCUGUAAAAUUGUAUAUAAAUUUUUUGCAUAAAUGUUUGGGAAACUAA